AUGCCCGCGGUCGGCGGAUCCGACGAGGGCCAGGCGCCCCCUGGAGCCGCGCCGUCGCCCAAGCCUGCCCGCUCCUUGGGCCGGCCGCCGUCUCGUCGGGAAGGCGGCCCCGGCCCGCUGCUGCGCUGGGACGAGGUCCCCGACGACUUCGUGGAGUGCUUCAUCCUGUCGGGCUACCGGCGCCUGCACUGCACGGCGCAGGAGUGCCUGGCGUCGGUGCUGCAGCCCACCAACGAGACGCUCAACUUCUGGACGCACUUCGUGCCGCUGCUGCUCUUCGCCGCCAAGUUCUGCCGCCUGCUGCUGCUGCGCGGCGCCGGCGACGUGCCCUUCCACCACCCGGCGCUGCUGCCGCUCUGGUGCUACGCGUCGGGCGUGCUGCUCACCUUCGCCAUGAGCUGCACGGCCCAUGUGUUCAGCUGCCUGUCGCUGCGCCUGCGCGCCGCCUUCUUCUACUUGGACUACGCCUCCAUCAGCUACUACGGCUUCGCCAGCACCGUGGCCUACUACUACUACCUGCUGCCGGGCCUCAGCCUGCUGGAGCCCCGCGCGCUCAGCCGCUACCUGCAGCAGCGCCUGGGCUGGCACGUGGACUGCAGCGCGCCGCUGGCCGCCUACAGCGCGCUGGUGCUGCCCGUGGCCUUCGCGCUGGCCGUGGCCUGCACCGUGGCCUGCUGCAAGAGCCGCUCCGAGUUCUGCGCCUACCCCUUCGCCAUCCGCACCUUCGUCUUCGUCAUGCCGCUCAGCAUGGCCUGCCCCAUCAUGCUGGAGAGCCUCCUCUUCGACCUGCAGGGCCACAACCCCACGCUCUUCGUCCACUUCUACCGCCGCUACUUCUGGCUCCUGGUGGCCGCCUUCUUCAACGUCAGCAAGAUCCCCGAGCGCAUCCAGCCGGGCCUCUUCGACAUCAUCGGCCACAGCCACCAGCUCUUCCACAUCUUCACCUUCCUCAGCAUCUACGACCAGCUCUUCUACGUCGAGGAGGGCCUGCAGCAGUUCCUGCAAGGGCACGCGCCCGCCUCGCCCACCUUCGCGGGCACGGUGGGCUACAUGCUGCUCUUGAUACUGUGCCUGGGCCUGGUCAUCAGGAAGUUUCUCAACGUCCCGGAAGCCUGCAAACACGAUUGA